AUAAUGUUCUCGUAAUUUCUGUGAUGUAAUAACCUCGAAGGAGACAUAACCUCUCUUUCAUAGUUUGAAAAGAAAUUGUUCUUAUAAUAUUCUAAACUCGCUUAAUCGUCAACAAAAUCAUGGCGCGAGUACCAGACCCUCCAGACUUCUCAGCUCUGGAGGGGGGUGGAGAGAGGCCCAUGAGCAUAACUCGUCGUGUGGAACGUGAAAGAGAACGGAUGCUGGGGAUGACGGAUGAGGAACGUGUGUGGAGGAAGAAAUGGCUCGAUGCACAAAAGCUCGCUCCAGAGGAGCCGGUGACACCACCGGGUUACUACAAGAAGAUGUACAAUCCGAUUAGAAGAUUUUACCAGGCACCCAUGAAUAAAUUUCAAAAUCUGAUGGAGCCGGUUAUGGGCUUCACAGGUGCGUACGUAACGCGACACAUUAUAUCCAAAACUGCAAUGAGUAUUGUUGCAGUCUAUUGCAUCUAUUAUCACCUGAAAUAUAAUAAAAUGCUUGAUCUGAGAAACGAUGGUCGCUCUAGGUGCCAGUAUCGUUCCCUCGAAAUAGAAACCAGAUUGAUGCCACAUGCACAUGGAUCAGCAAGAUUACGUCUUGGCAAUAUUACAGACGUAUUAGUUGGUGUAAAACUGGAGAUCGACACACCGUAUGCCGAAAAGCCGGACGAAGGCAAAUUGGACUUUUUUGUAGACUGUUCCGCUAAUGCUACACCAGCAUUCGAAGGCAAAGGUGGAGACAAUUUGGCGACCGAGAUAAGCAAUGUUCUCUCCAUGGCUUAUCAGACACCAGAUGCGUUUGACUUAAAACAGUUGUGUAUAAUACCUAAUAAGAAGUGUUGGAAAAUGUAUGUGGAUAUUUUGAUCCUUCAGUGUGGCGGAAAUCUAUUUGACGCUGUCGGCGCCGCGGUGAAGGCAGCAUUGUACAAUACUGAAAUUCCAAAGGUAAUUGCAGCAACACUCGAUGGCGGUGAACCGGAUAUCCAGAUCUCGGAUGAUCCUUACGAUUGUAUCAAACUCGAUAUUACGACAUAUCCAUUGAUAGUAACAAUAUGCAAGAUUGGUGACAAUUUCGUGAUAGAUCCAACAUUAGAAGAGGAAUCAUGCAGUGCAGUUAGUCUCGUUAUGUCCGUAAUGCCAAACGGCAAAGUGACGUCUGUAGUCAAGCUGGGCUAUGGCAGCCUGUUGCCUAACACCUUAAUUAAUAUGUUGGAGGUAGGGAAGGAUAUCAGUCUCAAAUUAAACGAAGCUCUAAUAAAAGUAUUGGAAGAAGAGGACAAACUCGGUCGGACAAAACCUUUAUGUGGCUUUCUUAGAUAAUACGUAUGUAAUAUGUUUGUUACUAAUUCUAAAAAAUAUAAAUAUAUUUUAAAAAAAUAUAUUUCAAAUUGAAUUGAUCAUAUUGUGCAAUAGUUAUAGCAAAUGUCGCACGCAUUUAGCGUAAUAUUUUUUAUAGAGUUCUUUUAACAGUCCUUCCUUUCGUAUAAGAUUUUCACCAAUUUUCAUAAACUAUAAUUUGAGAGUCACUGCAGUCUUCGAGAGAGAUUCUCGCAAAGUAAGAAGCGUAUAUGUAUAUGUGUGAUAAUAGUAAAGCAAUCAAUUAAUGAAAUAA